CGCACUUAAGUGAUCAACCGUUCUGUCAAAGUAAACAAAUCAAUUGUCAGAGUGUUGACAAAAUAAUAAAAAUGAAAAAUUGUGAUUCUCAGGAGAUGAAUCUGUGAUACAUGUGAAUGAUGAUAGUUUUAGAAAAGGCGCAUUGAGAUAUAAACUGUAUCAUUUUAUUAGUGAUUGUUGGGAAAAAUGAAAGACAUUAAUUAUGUAGAUGGAUCUACUCGAUCAAUUGAUACGUCCUCAACGGCAAUAAAUCUUGAAAUUGAUGUCUCGCGAAAGAGAUACCCAUUUUGUAUAGUUUGGACACCAAUACCCAUUCUCACGUAUUUUCUACCAUUCAUUGGACACAUGGGUAUUGCAACAUCUGCCGGGAUCAUCCGAGAUUUCGCUGGCCCUUACCAUGUCUCUGAAGAUCAGAUGGCUUUCGGUUGUCCGACAAAAUAUUGGCAAUUGAAUCAUUUAUUAGCAAAAGGUGGUGCGGCAGGAUGGGAUAAUGCUGUAACACAAGCUAGCGACAUUUAUAAAACCAGAAUGCAUAAUUUAUGCUGUGAUAACUGCCAUUCUCAUGUUGCUACUGCAUUGAACUUGAUGGCAUUCAACAAUUCAAGCAAAUGGAAUAUGAUUAAAUUGGCAUUGCUCAUGCUCAUUCACGGAAAAUAUGUCAGCUGGUCAGGAUUCCUCAAAACAUGGUUACCAUUCUUCAUUUUUAUUGCAAUUAUUCUGACAUAUUGUCUAGCCAUAUGAAUUAAAAACUAAUUACAAUUAC